AUGCCCCCUUCAACUGUAACCCUGACGCCGGGGCUACAGUCCUUCCUGAAGGUCUUGAAGACGAGUGACGUGGAUAGUGCGACAGAAAACUUGAUAUCGUUAUUGAAACGGCACCAGCUACGGUCUUCACACUCCUGCGCUGUUGCGACGGCGUACCUCCUCCUCCGCGUCGUCUCAACAUCGAAAGUAACAGACCCGGAAAGUCUGAUUGACCGCGUCCAGAAUGUCGGAAGGCGACUCAUUGCAGCGCAGCCCAGGGAGAUGGUUGUUGGGAAUAUUGUGCGCCGUGUUUUGGGCCUGAUUAGAGAAGAAGCAGAGGACGGGAGGGAGGCUGAAUUCUGUCUAUCGAGUGACGCUGGAACUGAUACUCAACCGCAUACACCUCCGGCUGUUGAAAGCCAAGCAACCCUACAUCCACCAAGUUUAUCCACACAUGGUCCCCAUGGUGGUACCCGUGGCGCAAGCCCUUUAAGUCGUUCUGAAGGUCGAGAUGCUGACUGGGAACGGGGUACAAACUCCUCUGUUCGCUCUGAAACCAUGGAAAGAUCCUCGUCCCGCCCACCUAUGGUUUCAUACGGUUCAUUUGCGACUACCACCACAGAACCCCCAGUAGUAUCAAUGUUUAGGUUACUUUCAUAUCCGCAAGUGGAGUCACCGCAAGCUAGGUCCCCAGGCAAUGCAUCGCCUUCUGGACGCAUACGAGGGCAGUUCGCCUUGAAGGAUUUCAAAGCUGAGGUCAUUGACGGCAUUGGCGAGAUUGUCGACGAACUAAGCCAAGUGGAGGACCAAAUCGCCAGCUACGCCCUGGAGCACAUCCACUCCGACGAGGUCAUACUCACCUACACUUCGUCCGUGACGGUGCAUAAGUUCUUAUCGAAAGCUGCAGCCAAGCGAAAGUUUACAGUGAUUCAUGCUGAGUCCUAUCCCAACAGCCAUCGCGAGACACAUGCGGUCGUGGCCGGGCGGCCGCCUGCGAGGAGUGGAGACGAGGAGAAUUUAAGUCCCGAAUCGUUCCAGAAGUCACUCACCGAGCUGGGCGUAACAGUGAUUCUAAUCCCUGACUCGGCAGUUUUCGCACUAAUGUCACGGGUCAAUAAAGUCAUCCUUGGCACGCAUUCGGUGCUGGCAAACGGUGGACUAGUGUCAGAAGCUGGAACUAGAGCGAUUGCGAAUGCAGCAAAAGUGCACAAAAUCCCAGUCAUUGUCGUUAGUGGGAUAUAUAAACUCAGCCCCAUCUACCCGUUUGACUACGAAUCACUCAUCGAGUAUGGUGAUUCGAGCGCCGUGUUGCCAUAUGAAGCUGGGGACCUGGAGAAAAUUGACGUUGAGAACCCGCUAUAUGAUUAUGUCCCGGCUGAACUCGUCGAUCUCUACAUUACAAAUCUGGGUGGACAUGCGCCUUCUUAUCUGUAUCGUAUUGUUUCAGAUCACUACCGAAAGGAAGACAUAGCCUUCUAAAAAACAAGGGAAACAGAGAAUAAUAAUAUCCGGGAAGGGAACAAAUUAAGAAUGCUUGGAAUGCAUGAAGUGGGGUUCCAGAUAAUGAAAUGACAGCAAGCAAGUAUUAUCACGAUGAAAUGAAGUGAAUUCCAAGAUGAUAUCCGAAUCAGAAUUCGCCAGAGGAAGAUGAGGAUGAUGAAGGCAGUAAACCAAUAUGUUGAUAAUAAACUCCAGUCGGUGACAAAGAAAACUGGGGAGAAGGGAGAUGAAUUUAAAGGAAGGGGAGGAUAUAAGCACACUGCGGAGACUACGUGAUCUGUGAAGGGCUUGCUGGAGUUCCGCGGCUUUGCUGAGGGGAAGCAAGUGGCUUUUGUACCUCUCUCUUCUUUCAUGCCGAUUUGUUUUAUACAAUAACCAUUCGGGCGACGGAGAUCAACGUUGACCCAACCUUUAACAAGCACUUGUUGUCAACAACAAAUGGUGAAGUUCGAAGACAGGCAAGCAACGAAGCCGCCAUCCCAAGUACACCCAUUCAUCCACAAUCAUGCACUGCAAACAUAUUUGUAAAUUUUUGUAGGAGGUUUAUUUUUGGAAUAAAGUAAAUAAACAUAAAACGGAGAAAGUAUUUCUCCAAUCGUUCCAGGGCAUUUAUCUCUAAAGCCAGUGCAGAUAGACUGCAUUCACACGCACGAAAAACACACAAGCUGCCUGCAAAAGAACCACAACACACGCACCAAGAUCCUCGUUUCUCCGCCCCCUCAAUCUUCUAUAUUCUCGGUUUACGAUCUUGGCUUCUCCUUCUUCUCCUUCCAUAGGGCCGAAAGGCCGACACCGGACACCUUGACGACCUUGAAUCGGACACCGGGAAUAUCACCCUUGGCCUUGCCCUUGCGACCGAAACCGGCGAGUAGGACUUCGUCGUUUUCAUCGACAAAGUUCAAGCAACCGUCAUU